AUGAAGUUCUUCCAGGUCCUCAUCAUCGCCGCCCUCGCCGUCGUUGGCGUCAGCGGCCAGACCACCACCGGCACGCACACCGGUGCCGCUACGACUAAUGCUGCCACAACCGACACACACAGCGGUGCCGCUACGACUGGCUCUACUACGACCGGCACGACGGGAGCGACCGGCGCAACCACCCCUGCAGUGACCCCCGCGACAGGAACUACUGGCGCUUCCUCCACGGCGGGCUCCACUGCUACCCCUUCGGCUGAUACCACCGCUACCGGUGCGUCUGGCUCUGGCGCCUCCACUGCUGCCAUCGAUGCUACCGGCAGCGCGGCGAUGGACACGUCCGUCGGGUCUUCCAGCUCCACUGGUAUGGCAACCGCAGGCGACUCGACCACGUCCACGACGGACUCGUCGCUGGCGUCGGACUCGUCUUCGACCUCGGACAAGUCCACUUCGAAGAAGUCGACCUCGGCAUCAAGCGCCAGCGGUGCGUCGGGUUCGAGUGGAGCCUCGCAGGUGUCAGGUGCCAUGGGUGCCGUUGCUGCCACCGCACUCGCCGUCGGCGUGUACUUCCUGUAA